CACCUUCUCUUAUUCUCUCUCUCCUCCAUUUCUCUCUCUUAAAUAAUUUCUCUCUACAAGACUACACACCUCUCUUCCUCUACAUCAUCAAAUGAAGGAGAAUCUAUGCUUCUGAUCAAAUCUAUGGAGAAGAGAGAGGAUCAAAAAUACACUGAUAAUUUGAUGGAGUGUGUGGCAUUUUCCGAUCAGAUUCCGACGAGCUUCGGUUUCUCAAGCUUCUUUGACAUGCCAUGUGAAGCUGAAAAGGACUCUUUAGGCUUCAUGGACAUGUUGGGUAUCCAAGAUUACAAUCCAUCUCUGUUCGAUUUGCUUCAGAAGCCGUUGCUCACACCGCCACAGCUUCCGUCCACUCCGGCCUCGACUGUGCCGGACUCGUCGGAGGUGGUGAAUACUCCGGCCACUCCGAAUUCUUCAUCGAUCUCUUCGUCGUCAAAUGAAGCAGCCGCAAACGCUGAACAGACUAAAACUGUGGAAGAAGAGGACCAGGAUCGAGACAACACUAAGAAACAGUUGAAACCCAAAAAGAAGAACCCAAAAAGGCAAAGAGAGCCCAGAUUUGCGUUUGUGACAAAGAGCGAGGUUGAUCACCUGGAUGAUGGGUAUAGAUGGAGAAAGUAUGGCCAAAAAGCGGUUAAAAACAGCCCUUUUCCAAGGAGCUACUAUCGUUGCACCACUGCAGCAUGUGGAGUGAAGAAGCGAGUAGAGAGAUCUUCCGAUGAUCCGUCGAUUGUCAUCACCACCUAUGAAGGUUCACACACUCAUCCAUGCCCGAUAACGCCUCGCGGGAAUAUCGGAAUUAUGCCGGAAUCUCUCAGGCUUGGUGGUGGCGGUGGCGGCGGAGUUGGCUCCUUUGUUAUUCCGCAGCCUAAUUACUAUCAGCAGCAGCAUCAACAACCCUAUAUCAAUAACCAAACACCAGCAAUACCUUCUUUGAACUAUAACAGUACUAAUGGUUCUUCAUUUCCAGCUUUUUUUCAAGAGAGGAGGACUUUUUGCCCCUCUUCAACUCCUUUGCUUACAGAUCAUGGGCUUCUUCAGGACGUUGUGCCUUCCCAGAUGCGAAAGGAGCCCAAAGAGGAGUAGAAUUAAGUUGUUUAAUUUGCUUGUUAUAUAUAGGCAUAUAUAUAUAUAUAUAUAUAUAUAUAUAUAUGUAUGUAUGUAUGUAAGUCUCUGAUCAACUGACUGAUCAUGGAAGGGUUCACUUUAGAUAAGAAUCCUUUUAGUUUUCGUACUUACCAUUACAUUGAGACCUCUUUGAUCAGUGUCACUGUAAAAUAUUGACUAGUCUUUUAGUUCAUAGAGGAACUUGUUUAAUUAAUUUAUACUUAAUUGGUUCUUUUUGUUAA